GGCAAGCAUUUGAAGCGUGUACCUGCAUCGGAGGAGUUGCGAGUAACUGAAUAUCGCCCUCGUUCAUUUGUUCCAGCAACUGUCUUGACGUCUUCUCUGUCCACUUCUGUCCUGACGUCCAAAUGUUUAACGUCUUGUCCCAUGUAUCUGAAGUCCCAAACGAACGGGAUCGCACUAUGCUGAUGGAUUCGGCGAUCUAGCUUGUUCCUAUUCCAUCUUCCCCGUUGCUAUCUAACGCCUCCGGCCACUCGAUGCGACUAACACUAAUCUAUCUGUCUCAGUCUUCUACGUCUGUCGAUCAAGCCCCGGCCACCACUAAGGGAGUUUGAGGAGGACCUAUAUAACCCACCUCGGACAUGAUCGCUACCUCUUCAGUCGGCACUGAAUCUCCCAAUCUUUCCUUGCACCGUCAUGAUGCCAAUGAACGACCGGGUUCGCGGGCGCAGCGGCCGUCCUCAGAACCGACCGAACUUCCUGUGAAGUACUCUACCGAUGCCCUCCUGCGACAACCAGAAGACGAAGGCGCGAUGUCUCCAGCUUCCAAGUUGCGACUGAACGGUGUUGACCACGGAGAAAAAGAGCUGCCAAGGUUACAAGCUAUAGGAGAAAUAGACACUGCCGACCAAUAUGAACCAGUGCUCGAGGAUGAUCCGUCUUCUUUCAGUCUGCUAUCUACCCCACCAGCAGAGCAAGCGGAGAGUUUCUCCCUAGAAAAGCAAACACAGGCGCUGUUCUCAAAGAGCCAUCUACAGGUUAUAUUCGGAGAUCCAGGCCUGCUCCUCAAAUUCACAUCUUUCCUCGGCACCCACAGGCCGCAAUCGGUGCCUAUCCUUGUCCACUACCUCGACUCCCUCAAAUCCCUGCGAGCCAUCCACUAUGCGAACGCGAUCUGCGAAGGGCUGGAUCCCGUGGAAGGGUACGAAUUCACACAAAAGGUGGUCAAACCUACUAUAAAUACUGCGCUGGAAGAUAGAGCGCAUAGGGCUUUUGAUGUGCUGGUCACGGAAGAAUUGCCGGCGUUUAUCACACAUCAGUACAUUCAGAUCGUUAGUGCCAGCAUUACAGCUAGAAUUACAGGGGUUUUGUCUUCCCAUCUAAGAGAAGCUUCGGAUGGUCUGGCGGAGGUCUUCUGCCUGACCGAUCCAUCGCGGCCAGAUAACCCUAUCGUCUUUGCUUCAGAGGAGUUCAAUCGGACGACGCAAUAUGGGAUGUCUUACGUUUUGGGUCGAAAUUGCAGGUUUCUACAGGGACCAAUGACAAACCCACAGAGUGUGCGCAGAUUGCGGGAGGCGAUCAAGACCGGCAAGCAGCACCAAGAGGUCUUCUUGAAUUAUCGACGGGAUGGCUCGCCGUUUGUAAAUCUGCUCAUGAUCGCGCCACUUGCGGAUAGUCGGGGGGUUGUGCGCUACCACAUCGGUGCACAAGUCGACGUCAGUGGACUGGUCAAGGAUAGCGCAGAGAUGGAAUCCUUACAAAAACUGAUGGACUUGCGCGCCCGAGGCGAAGAUCCCCCAGUACCCGAAAAGCCAAAUCCGGAGAAGAACGAUGAGCUACGUGAACUGAGUGAAAUGCUCAACCAGGGAGAACUAAACAUCAUCCGUCGGCACGGUGGGAAGAUGCACCGUGAAGUCGCGGAAGAGGAUGUCGAAAGCGUUGGCUCGCAGCAACCGCGACUCUUGUUGAAAGACCCUGAGACAAUGACUCCGCCAGUUGGAGGCGUCAACGGAAGACUAAGUGGUGUCUAUCAAAAUUAUCUACUUGUACGACCAUACCCAUCUCUACGCAUCCUUUUCGCCAGCCCCUCACAAAGGUUACCUGGCAUCUUGCAAUCUCCUUUCCUGAACAAAAUUGGCGGUUCGAACAGAGUCCGUGAGGAGCUCACGGCGGCAUUUGCCGAUGGACGAGGAGUUACAGCAAAAGUACGGUGGCUCAGUCGAGGAGAUGAGCAAGGGAAGAACAAGUGGAUUCACUGCACGCCUCUGCUUGGCCACCAAGGCCAAGUGGGUGUGUGGAUGAUAGUCAUUGUUGACGAGGAGCAGAGUAAUAGCGAGAGAUGGCCUCCUGGAGCGGGUCGACUUCCCCCCACAGUCGCAACACCUGAAAGAACAACAGAGCGCAAUGCUGUAAAUGAGCACAGGCUAUUUAGCCCAACACCGACUGGGCCCGGGGGUAUCAACGGGCCCUACUAUGAUGCCAAUGGCGGCGGAAGUAUGGGCAGUGGCAGUGUGACAAGUCUGAGAAUUGGAUGAGGAUUGAUGAAAUAUUCACCACCUGUAUUGGAUGUCGCAUAGUAGAUUUUUGAGGUUUGGACAUUUGAGAAGAAUGCAAUGGAUGAAGUAUGAGCUGGAUAGUUCUUGUAGAUGGAGCUGUGUGAGCCGCGCAGAACUCUUGUAGCUGGAUAUUGGUUCCAAGGGUUUGGCUCGCCGGGCUGAGGACGUACCCUAGAAAUGCUUCGCAAGACGUGGCAGUCAAGCUUUGUGGCUUGUUCGGGGCCAUGAUGGGCUUAUUGAUUUGUUG